AUGUCUGUACAGGACAAUGCUCGCUUUGACUUUAUUGUCGUCGGUGGUGGCACCGCCGGCAACACUGUCGCUGGCCGCCUUGCUGAGAACCCUAAUGUAAGGGUUCUUGUCAUCGAAGCUGGAGUCGGUAACUCCAAGGAUAUCGAGGAAAUUCGGACUCCUGCGGAGGCAAUGGAGCUUCGAAACAGCAAGUACGACUGGGCCUAUAAGACUACCAUGGUCAAACGUGAUGACUAUGAGCGUAUUGAGAAGCCCAACACCAGGGGAAAGGCUCUCGGUGGUAGUUCAUCUUUGAACUAUUUUAGCUGGGUUCCUGGAUCCAAGGGUACCUUUGAUAUGUGGGAGGAGUAUGGUGGAAAGGAAUGGACUUGGGAUCCUCUUCUCCCUUACCUCCGGAAAAGUGCUACCUACCAUGACGACGAAAAGGCCUAUCCAGCGGAGCUCAAGAAAAUCGGCGCUGGUGGCCCUAUUCCGAUCUCUCACUCUGCGCUUAUCCCGGAGAUGAAGCCUUUCCGUGACCUUCUCACCAGAGCUUGGAAGUCCACAGGGCAGCCGAUCACCGAAAACAUCUUCGAUGGAGAGAUGAUUGGCCUGACCCACUCGGUCAAUACGAUCUACCAGGGUCGUCGCUCAGGUAGUUUCCUAUGUGUUACGGACAAGCCUAAUAUCACAAUCCUUGCGGAGGUGCAGUCUAAGCGCCUGAUUAUCGACAAUGCUGAUCGCACUUGUAAGGGUGCUACUGUGAUUACAGCUUCUGGACAAGAACUGAGCUUUUACGCUACCCGUGAAGUCAUCGUCUCGCAGGGUGUUUUUGAAACGCCUAAAUUGUUGAUGUUGAGCGGUAUUGGCCCUAAAUCAGAGUUGGCCAAGCACAACAUUCCCCUGGUUGUCGACUCGCCCCAUGUUGGUCAACAUCUCUUGGAUCACCCGGGUGUUCCCUUUGUCCUUCGUGUCAAGGAUGGUUACGGCAUGGACGACUACGUUUUGCGCAAGGGCAAUCCGAAGCAUGAUCAGUCUCUGAAAGCUUACACCAAAGGUCAUGGUGGCCCCAUGGGCUCUGGAUUCCUCGAGAUGAUUGGCUUCCCUCGAAUUGACAAGUACUUGGAAAAGUCUCCCGAGUACCGCGCCGCAAAGGCUUCCAACAACGGCCUCGAUCCAUUCUGUCCGUACGGCCAGCCCCAUUUCGAGCUUGACUUUGUCUGCCUAUUUGGUAGCGCUUUCCAAUGGCAUUAUCCGACUCCAAAUAAGGGCGACUAUAUCACUGUGAUGGUCGAUCUCGUCCGCCCUGUCUCUGAGCCUGGCGAGGUCACCUUGAACAGCGCCGACCCGCUGCAGCAACCGAACAUUAACUUGAACUACUUCAACAAUGACCUCGAUAUCAUCGCCAUCCGAGAAGGUAUCAGAUAUGCCUACGACGUUCUGAAGAAUGGUGAUGGGUUCAAGGACAUUAUUGUCGACGAAUAUCCUUGGGAGAUGCCAUUGCAUGACGACGACUUGAUGAAACGAACUGUGUUAGACCGUUCUCAGACCUCAUUCCACCCUUGCGGUACUGCCCGCCUGUCCAAGAGCAUUCAGCAGGGAGUGGUAGACCCCAAUCUCAAGGUUCAUGGUCUCAAGAACCUUCGUGUUAUCGAUGCAUCUGUGAUCCCCGUUAUUCCAGACUGUCGGAUCCAGAACUCAGUUUAUAUGAUUGGCGAAAAAGGUGCGGAUGCGAUCAAGCGUGAUCAUGCAGACCUCUAUGUUUAG